AUGAUCAUAGCCUCCAGUCAACUGUUAUCAAAUGCGGGAUACUGUAGUUUUCCAGGGGCGCCCGCCCACAGUACAGUGGCGUUCGCAAACACUUCGGCGUCACUGGCGGGGGCUUCACAAUCUAGUUCCAUGCCCCAUGGUACUGUAGCGCAGUACCAGUGCGAAAGGGGGUUCGAAUUAUUGGGGCCGUCCAGGAGAGCCUGUCAUAAUGGACGAUGGGUUCCUGAAGGAAUACCUUUUUGUGUUUUGAAUGUAGCUGCUGGAAAAGCGCCCAUGCAAAUAUCCACAGAAGGUACUGGUGUACCUCAAAGAGCUGUCGAUGGCUCAACUAGUCAAAGGCACGACCCUGCCACCUGCUCCUUGACCAAACCUGAAAGGGUUCCUUGGUGGUAUGUGAAUCUAUUGGAACCUUAUAUGGUGCAAUUGGUGCGAUUGGACUUUGGCAAAGCCUGUUGCGGGCCCAAUAAGCCAGCGACCAUAGUUGUUCGAGUGGGCAACAACAGACCAGACCUGGGAACCAACCCUGUUUGCAACCGAUUUACAGGUUCUUUAGAAGAAGGUCAACCUCUGUUUUUGCCCUGCAACCCUCCCAUGCCAGGAGCAUUUGUCAGUGUACAUUUAGAAGUGUCCCAGCCCGCGCAACUCAGCAUUUGUGAAGCUUUUGUCUAUACUGAUCAGGCUUUACCAAUUGAAAGAUGUCCCCAAUUCAGAGACCAGCCACCUGGCUCCACAGCAACAUACAAUGGCAAAUGUUAUUCCUUCUAUUCUCGACAACCUCUGGCCUUCCGUGAAGCUCUGGCAUUCUGCAGAUCCCGUGGAGGAACUUUGGUAGAUGAAAGUAAUCCAGCUCUUCAAGGAUUUGUCAGCUGGGAAUUGUGGAGAAGACACAGGAGCGACUCAAGUUCUCAAUACUGGAUGGGAGCAGUACGUGAUCAGACAGAUAGAGCUAACUGGAAAUGGUUGUCAGGAGCUGAUGUUACUGUUUCCUUCUGGAAUCUUCCUACAGGAGAACAAGAUUGUGCACGAUUUGAUGGCAGCAAAGGAUGGCUUUGGUCAGAUACUGAUUGCGAUGUUCCAUUGAACUAUAUAUGCCAACAUCAACCGAAAGCUUGUGGCAGACCAGAACAACCACCCAAUUCAACCAUGAUUUCUGAUAGAGGUUUUGCAGUAGGAGCUUCUGUUAGUUACGCAUGUGACGAAGGACAUCUUCUUGUUGGACCCAGUGAAAGAACUUGCUUGGAGACUGGAUUCUAUGAUGAAUUCCCACCUGUCUGCAAAAGUAUACAAUGUGGUUACCCAGCAGAAAUUCGCAGAGGAAGUUAUUCACUUCUGAAUGAUAGCGUAGGUUACUUGAGUGAAGUUUUAUAUACUUGCGAACCAGGAUCAAGAAUGAUAGGACGCGCCAGGCUCACUUGUGAUCUGGACGAGAGAUGGAAUGGUCCACCACCAAGGUGUGAACCUACUCAAUGCGAAUUGUUGCCAUUGGUAUCACAUGCAAUUGCUGAAGGAACAGGACGAAAUGUUGGAGAUCUUGUUGCAUACUCAUGUCACCGAGGAUACACUUUAACCGGAGCUCCAGUUUUGACGUGUCUGAAUAAUGGAUUAUGGGAUAGACCAGUUCCUGAAUGUAUAGAGGAAUUAGUAAUACCAGAUUCUCCAAUUCCUGCUGUCACACCAUACAAACCACAUCCUCCAAGACAAACCACUCCAACAAUUACGACAGGACAUAGCAGCAGUACUACUCCAGCCAGACCAAAGCCUACCAGGCCGCGGCCAUUCUCCAUAAGUCCAUCCACGACUACAGUCAGAGGUCAAGACAGUCAAGAAAGGACACCAGUUAUCUCAGGCAAUCAGCCAACACAAGAUAUAAUCAGAAGCAAUAAUAAUAAUAAUAGGCAGUACACCAAUCCGCCAGUUCGAAAACCACAGAGUCCUUUGACAGUUGCUCCCAGCAAUGUUCUAGUUGUGGCCAGGCCUCUGGAUCAUGAAGACACACCCGUACCAGGACCUGAUAGGCUUCCGGCAAAUAAUAGAUCUGAAGGUCCAUUAGGAGCUCGUCUGAAUCUUGGAGCAAUUGUAGCUCUUGGAGCAUUCGGUGGCUUUGUUCUUUUAGCUGCAAUUGUAACUACAGUAGUAAUGCUUGUCAGAAGGAACCACAGUGCCAAACACUAUAGACACCGCGCGUCGCCCGACUGUAAUACUGUCGCCUCAUUCGACUCGUCCAGUUCCGAAUCCAGGAACGGCCUGAAUCGAUACUAUCGGCAAGCCUGGGAGAACCUGCACGAAUCUGCCGGUUCCAAAACGGGAUUGAAAAUCCAGGACCGUACCGCCGCUGCUGGCGUCGGGGGCAUCCAUUCGCCAUUGAGGAGGAAGGAGACCAUGGACGAACCAGACGGUGGAAACGGAUUUAUGCACAGGAAUGGAGCUGGCAUGCAGGAGAAGAAACGACACCACCAUCAUCACCAUCACCAUUCAUCAUCAGCCAAUGGAUUUAGGCAGGAGCCCCAUAUUGUGGCCAACAGUAGACGCGAGCACCGAGAACAUUCUCACAAGAGAUAUUGA